ACACGGCCGAGGGACUUGAACUUCAUCCUGCAGGCAGUGUUUGUAAUACUGUUAUCGACUCCCACGCCUGGUCUCACACAUGUAUAAAGAGCCCUGAAACAAACACGGAAACAAAUUGAGAAUCGAGACUUGGAGGAGUCGAGAUCGCGGCAAGUCAUGCGACGUCUCCAUCCACUUUGUCAGUAGAAGCCGAGUCCACCCAUACUGACGCUCAUCCUCGAACCUUCACGAAAACCCCCUGACGAUUUUCUUUCCGGGUUCCACACCCGUUGCGUCAUUCCAAUCACCAUGGCGACUGUCCAGUGUUGCUGCGCAGUUUUCGCCCUACUCCUUAAGUUGACUGUGGGAGUGGCGCAGGCGGCGCCAAACUUGGCUGACGCUGGCAACAAUUUGCAGGAGUUGCUUCCAAGCCGUGAAUCAACGUCUGCCUCUCUAGCUCUAGCGCCCCCAUCAACGGAGGAAGGAGUCGUCGAUGAUGCAACAGUCUUCGGUCAAGUCGCAACCGGAUUCAUCCAGGAAGGAAGGUCGAUGGUGCACGCGCUGCAAGACCGUUUGACACUCCUGGAGCAGUUCGUUCCCACCGGUUUUAACCAGAUGCAGCCGGAUCUGGCCGGCGGGCUCUCGCCUAAGAACAUGGAGAAGCGAGAGAACCUGUCGCCGACGCAGCGCGUCAUGGUGCGGCGGGAGAUCAUGCGUCGGAUUCGGGAACGCGCUCCCGAGCCGGUGGAGUUGCCUAUCGGUAUCAGGUUCUUUCAGAAUCCCGUGCCCCGCGAUGGUGCGACAGUGGAGAAGCGAGGUGGCGCGCCCCAGCUGAGCGCCUCUGGACGAGCGGCGAUACUGGCAGCGAUCAUGAGACAAAUCGGUCAACAGCGACAGCCUGUAGAACUCCCAGGCAUGCGUGGAGGAAAAUAAAUGGACAGUUCUCAUUCUCUCACGAAAAGGAAUCGAAAAAAGGACUUCUGAAACGAACAAGUAACAUAACAGCAUAAACAGAAGGUCAAAUCGACCAAAACAAAUCGAUUUCUGCAGUUCAGAAAGAAAUAUUCAUGUGAAUUAUUGCUUAAUUAAUUUUCUUUCUUACGGCUUUUUCUUUUCAAGCUAUACAGUUCCUUAUCACCCUUGGAAGCAAGUUCUCUACCUUUUUUUAAUUCUUGCUGGUAUACUGGCAAAAAUGAUAGCGCCCUCAUUGUACGUAAGCAGCUUUAAAUAUUAAAGCGUUGGCUUCAUGCGUGCAAGUAGCGCAGUGCUUUUAUCUCGACUCGGGACGUGUGGUGAACAGUCUAUGCCGGGUAUUUCUUUUUUAACAUUAGGUGGGCAACAGCGUUCUCAAUUUUACCAUGAAUUUCAGCGAGUAGGGUGCCUUAUAUCGUAAAAGGAUUUUUCAAAAGUGAGCCGCAGUGUUUGCCCUAUACCUUCCGGUUAUUUCACUCGGGACUAAUAUACCCUUGUGGAUUCGGCGUACUGAAGUACCCCUCAGUGGUGCAAAGAGUUAUCAAAGACGCUUAACUAUUGCUGCCGUCCGCAUGGCACUUUAUAAAUACAGAAAGAGGCCACAGGUUUGCGUGCCUGGUGAAAAUUGGCCGCCCACAAACCGCGCCAUACGCGCGCGAACCUGUGCGCACCCACACAGGAGCUUUGCAUGCACGUGGUGGGUGGUCCCAUCUGUAAUGCGUCCAGUCCACGAUCGUUUUUCUUUUAUCAGUAUAUGUUGUAACAUAAGUCAUUACUCAGUGAUAGCCAGAUACAUUCCAAAAUAUUUGUAAAUUAUGUGAUAAAUACACAGACAGAGUGAAAACGCCUUUAUCGUAUAUUUGAAAUUUAUUUUAUUGAGAGAGGCUUAUACAGCAUUUUAAUGAAGACUUUAGAAACAAAUUCGAAGGGCUUAAACCACCCUGAAUUUUCACUAAUGUUGUAACAACUCUCUAGCCUACUUUUAAAUCGUUCUCAUGGUCGUGUAAAAACCUUCCGAUUUGUAGCAUUACAUCCAGGCAAAAAUGUCAAUUCUGAGGUUGUUUUCGUGCUAGGUUAAGCAUUUGAAAUGACUCAUUGUAUAUUUUGCCUUGAUUGAAUGAAUAAAAAAAAUCAUAUUUUCCGUGAA